UCUGGUCAGCUGUUUCCUCAAUGUGUGUGUGUGUGUGUCUGGACAGUGUGGGAAUGUGUGUGAGAAUAAGUUGCAGACAAAGCUUGGUCGAGGCUCAGAGUGUGUGUGUCUGCCGGCGAGGACACACACCCCCACACACCAGAGCAUCCACAGGACAUGUAGUGUGGAGUUCCUUUGCAGCGGGGAGUUUUUGUUUUUUUUAGUUUUCUUUUAGUUUUGUUGCUUUUAGUUUGAUUUGGCCUCGUGGACUCCGGUCUGUGGAAAUACCUUCAUGAUAUAACCAGUGGAAUAUAGACAUCUGCAAUCGGAGAGAAGGCAAAGAUCUCACAGAGCGACGAGACUAUGCAGCCUCCACCAGGGAGACACCACCAUGACAACUGUGUUCAGACACAACUGUGUGCCCAGCUGGAGUUCGUCCAGAUCCUGGUGAUCGUGGUGGUGAUGAUGGUGAUGGUGGUGGUCAUCACCUGUCUGUUGAACCACUACCGCCUAUCAGCACGCUCGCUCCUCUCCAGACACGCCCCUACACGCAGGAGACACCUGCCGCUGGCCAACGAGGGCAGUCUGUGGUCGUCUGAGGGCACCGGGACAAACAGUGGUCUGAAUGAGGUUUACAACCCUCGACCUCCGGACCGAGGCGUCCACUCGUCCUACCUUCAGCGGGAGCCGCCGCACGGCCAGUCGCAGCCCGCCCUCCAGUCGCAGCGCUUCCAGCACACGUACGCCCCGAGUCGCUUCCAGCCGACGUACCCCUACCUGCCCCAGAGCCUCAUCGACCUCCCCCCCACCAUCUCCCUCUCAGACGGAGAAGAGCCGCCGCCCUACCAGGGCCCCUGCACCCUGCAGCUCCGAGAUCCGGAGCAACAGAUGGAGCUGAACCGCGAGUCGGUCCGAGCGCCGCCCAACAGAACAGUGUUCGACUCCCACCCCCUCGACCCAUCCAACUCCUGUCUGCAGGCCAGUCUGCAGGCUCCUCCCCCGAGCGUCCAUUCAGGCAUCAGUGUGUUAGAAGCCCAGGAGGCCUUGUCCCGGCACCAGAAGCAGGGCUCUCGAGUAGAGGGAGCGCCCCCGGCCUACAGCGAGGUGAUCGGGCACUACUACCACCCGACAGCCCUGCACUCCGGCCACAACCAUCGGACUGUUCCAUCCGCACAAGCACCCCCGUCCUCGCUCAUACAUGGUCUGAUCCGACCUCCGCCUCAGCAGCAAGGAAGUGUGGACAACAGGAACGCAAGGAAUACAAAGGAGAAAUCCCAGAAGCCCCAGCAAGUGUGACAGUACUGUUUCCUCUUUUCUAGCCCGCAGGAAGGAUUAUGCCUCGCCACUUUGGGGAAACGGUCAGCAGCCAACAAGGAACAACCUGGUCGGUGGUUAACUCCACAGGUUUAAGGGCUGGUUAGUUGUGGUCGUAGCUGACACGGUUUCCCCUCAUCACGGAUCGGGCUAGGAGCGAGAGGCAGCAGCGCACGCCGGCUUCUCGUUAGGUAAGAACAUCUGGAACCCGCAUCAUUCCUGCAGAGCAUGGUCGCAGGAGAACAUCUGGUACUUCCUGCUCCACAGUUUCCUGUGCACUUCGGAUGAACCGAUGAUGAUGUCCGAGUAGGAGGUUGAAGGGCGGAGGCGGGGGAGAAGGCGGAUACAGAUGCCUCCUUCUCCCCCACAGCAACUCCUCUCGCUGCAGCUCAUCGCUCCUCCACGACUGAACUAGCCUUCACUCAUUCUAAAUAUUUACUUGUUCUGUUUGUUUCUGUAGAACUUUCUCUUUGUUUGUUCGACGCUUACAGGAUCGUUUCUAUCCCGGCAAACGGUGAAAUGUUGCAGUCUCCUUGGUUCUUCCAGGAUUUGUUUUGUUUUCUCGUGAUAAUCUCCCCCCCCCCCCAUCGCUGCUUUGACUCCAGUAAGUUUGUUCCCGACUGCACAGUUCAGCGUUUGGUGGCGACUCCUGCAACAGGCUUUAGCUGCAUCACUGAGACACGUUAGCACUCAACAAUAUUCACACAAAGAGUUUAGACGUCGCUAGCAUUACUUUAAAACUAGCUUACGAGUUGUAGCACAGUGCUAAAAAACGUCCUCGAGCUAAACAUCAUGCCUUAUAUCGACCAACUGAUGCAGGAGUUGUCGCUUAAAUCUUUUCCUUUUUUUUGUUUUAUGUUUUCUGAAGAAGGUUUGCACAAAGUUCAAGACUGUUGACCCCAGAAAAAACCCGCAAUAUGAUUGAUAAGAGAGAAAAUAGAGAAAGUAGGGGUAUUUUUCUAAACUAGGUGGAUUCUUAUCAGUGAAGAUGUUUUUUUCUGUUUGUUUUUAUAUGUUGUGUAGUUUUAGAAAAAAAGAAAAGAAACAAACAUCUGUAAUCUGUUGGGGUGCCAACUUUCACGUUGAACAUUUUGCUACGUACAUGUUGGCAUGUAUAUAUGUUACAAAUGGACGAUAUAUACACACACAUGUAUGCAAACCGAGAGCAAACUUAAAAGCACGAAUUUAGAGUUAUUUAUAUAAUUGCUAAAAAGAAUUGCACUAUUUUUUAGUAUGCGCAGAUGGAACGUGUGAGAGAGACUUUUAUUGUGAAGGAGCUCUGUCCAUUGAGAAACGAACACAAAGAGAGAAACCGCCUGGGGGGUCGAGGUCGGGGGCCACGUCAGUGCACAGCGGCGAGUAUCAUGAGAACAUAUCACGGGAGAGAUUCUGACUUUGAUUCAAAGGACUUGGAACAACCAUUACUGUACCAUUGAUAUAAAAAUAAAAAAAUAAAAAUCCCUGGUUUAUGCAAAUGUCCGAGUCCUGCGAGCCAACCACAAGUCAGCGUCCAACCUAACCUGUGGGUCCAAUCAGAAACCCUGCUCGAAGCUCUCUCUCUCAUCCUAGUGGCCGAAUCGUUAGCCAAUCCCAAAGCCCAAAGCAGGCUGUCACUACCUCGACCAAACAAGUCAAGCACAUACGAGUUUGCUCACAUUAAUCAGACGUUGUCUCAUCGAACAAAAGUCUGAACUAAUCAAGACAAUGUGUAUUGUAACAGUGAAAGAAAUUAGAGUAGUUAAAUCCUGCUGUGUGUUAUUUUAUUUUGAAUGUCAGAUUAUUUGUUUGUUUGUCGCGUGAGAAGAGAGCGGGAACGACGCAGGUUCAGUGACGCCAGGCCAGGUCGCCCGAAAUGUGUGAUACACCGACUGUGCACUGCCGUGGCCGCACACACACACAUGAACACAACGUUUCUGCAGUUUCAUUUAGAGUCGCAACUCUCCUGCCUUUUCAACACACACACACACACACACACACACACACACACACACACACACACACACACACAAGUACCCACAAUCCCCUCUGGCGAGUUUCUCUCUUGCAGGCAUCUCUGAGCACUUUACGGCACCAGGAAGGAGACAACAAUCUUCUGUCAGCCAGCGUCGGCCAGAAUAAAACUUAGAAACUUCAGUCAAACCUUUAAGUUAAGCUGAGAUUAAAUUCUCUGAUCUUUAGAGCCACACUUUUAAAAGAUGCAAAGACUUUAUUUAUCAUACUUCAAACUUUAGAGAAUCCUGAAUUAUCUCAUCAAACAAUAAGUGAAAAGGAUCCGACAUCUGAUUCCAACUUCUGACAUUUGUCGAAAAUCGGUCCUCAUCAACUACCGAGGUUCGAUACUGAGCCCUCGUAACGACUACACAUUAAUAAGAUUGAUUUACCUCCUUUCAAAAAUAAUUACAUCUGUUUCAGAUUUGUUACGUCUUCUUUAACUUCUUUGUGUUGGACGCAGCACAGGAUGAGUUGUUUCAAACUAGACACGCUGAAGUGUUGAAAAGUGACACGAGUGUUAAUAGCAACUUGUCUUGUGUCAUCUCUUGAACAGUGUGGAAAUAAAGGUUGGAUUAUAAUUAAAGUAGAAUCUUAACGUAUCUCUAGUUUUAGCCUUUUUUAAGUUGCUGCUCUUAUAUGAAAAGUUUCCGUAGUGACCGUCACUCUUUCAACCCUGAGGUUGACAAGUUAUGUUAGUUUGUAUUGAUGUGAAGGAACCACAGCCCAAAUGAAGCCAGCGCCCUCUAGUGUUCAGUCUUUAUGCAACAGCGCCCUCCAGAGGGACCCAACCAAACCGCAGCCAAAAGCUUAAUUUAGUAGAGGAGAGAUUUAAAGGACUCAGGACAACACAGCAGCAGAUCAACAGUGUGAGAUCUGUGGUGUUGUGUUGAAUCCUGAGUUUAACAUCCUGUAAGAAGAAGAAAAGUUAAGACAAAUAAUCAGAAGCCAUUUCUUAGUGAAUCACUUCCAUCUCUCUCUCGUGUACGUCUCUCUUCUCUCUGUUGUUUCUGUGCUGCUGUAACUCGGCUGCAUCGUGCACUUGAAGAAAAGAAAAAAUCAUGAUAUAAUCCUUUGACCACAAAGGAGUGACGAUUGAAUCAAUCAAAGUUUGAAUCCCCUUGUUUGGAGAUAAUGAGCCUGGUCCCAAACGUAUUAUUUACCUGUAUUUCCUCACCUCACCUCUUCUCUCCUUUCCCAUCCUCUUCUUUCCCUCCAUCACUGUGACCCUUGUGUUUGGGACCGGCUUCGUUCCCUGUUGAAUAAGGUUUGGUUCCCUGCUCUGGAGGGUUUGCAGCGGGUAUGAAAAGACUGAGCAGGCUCUGAUCAGGGCUGUAGGAGGUUAUACUAGUUAGAAUAAUUUAAAGUCGUGUACCUCAAGUGUAGAUUCAAGUAAGUAAAAAUAGUUUAGGAUAAAAGUGUAGCUUCAGGGAAACUUACGCUGGCUGACGAUACAAAAUAUAAAAAACAGGAGGAGGGGAAACAGACAUUUUUCAUGUGAUGCUGACACUGACUUCACCAACACACGUAUGUUUACACACAGAAACAUUAGAGCAACUCUUUCUACUUAUUUUUCAUGAUGCGGUGAAGCUUCCUGAAAUCUGCAGACUGCUUAACUAUGACAUUUAAACUCUCAAUUCAAUAUUGUGCACAAGUUAAACUAAUCAGGGCCCAAACUUGUCCGAGCAGAUGAGAAUCUGUGUGUUGGGACGGGCCACACCUUUAGCUUAGCAUUAAAGCUAACGUGAGGGAAGUGAGCGUGUCAGUUAGCAUAUUAGCCAACACAGCGUUUUAUAACCUGACAGUGGACGACGUCUUUUCCCAAAAGCAAAGUAAGAGUUAACAACACAGACUUGCCCUGGGAAAGACCUCCAGCUGUCUAGACAGAAACUAAACACACACACACACACACACGCUCACACACACACACACACACACACACACACACACACACACACACACACACGCUCACACACACACACAGUAGACUAAAUAAACUUACUUAAGAACCAGACCUUCCACACACACAGGUGCACUUUCAUUCAUCCACACACUCUUAUUAUGGACCACACAAGAUAGAGAAAACAUUUAUCUCUCUCACACACUCUCACACACACACACACACACUUCCCUCUUCCUGUCUGAACGAGCUCUACCUGUUCCCUAGAGAUGCCUGCUGUCCAAUGACAGAGCUCCCUUCCAACUGGCCCUUGCCGCUAUUGGCCGGCCGUCUUUUCGGUCUCCCUGGAAACGUCCGUCGUAUAUUAUUGUUGCUAUGUCGUUACAAGUGUGCCUGCCUGUGCUGAGACGGGCAAAAUGUGAGUGGCUAGUUUGGGCUGUCAAUCAUCCCAGGCCACGCCUCCUUACUGUCUCACGUGAUGAUUGGAUGAUGAUGAUGAUGAUGAGAUUGAGUAUAGUGACGAUGAAGAUGUUUUUGAUAGUGAUGCCGCAGAGAGCGUUGCAAUACACCUACUAUUUGCCUUUUUGAUAAUAUUAGUCAUAUUAACGUAGUGUGCUAAAUGUAAAUUUUUUUUAAUUGUUGUUUUUAUUGUUGUUUAUUCACUUGAGAACAAAAAAAAAAGGUCAUUUUAUUAUCAAUCCACUGAUCACACAGAACUUUUCUUUUUCCAUUUCUCAAACCAACGUCGACAGUGUAAAACUACCUAACACGCAAUCGCUGCAGAUCACUGGGGGAGGACGUGUAAAUACAAGAAAAUGUACUUCUGCUUUUAAAGUGCCCUUUUCCAGUUUGAUGUGUGCAUGUUAGUUGCGCCGCUGUGAGUGUGAUUCCCGUGCGUCACCUGAGAUCAGCCGAUGGUCGAUCGUUUCUGCUCUCGCACUUACAACUUCAAGUACGAUUUCGUUGUGCGCGCUAACCCAAGUCCGCUACCUGGCUAAUCAUCACGUCUCCUCGCCUGGCCCAGCGUCUACACGUGUGCCUUCUGGUGUCCGGUCUCAACGGAGACUUCACCCGACUGUAAAAACACAUCACGGUGCAAAGAAACUCUUCAAUUACUCUGUUUUUGUUGUCGUCGGCACUUCGAACGGCAGCAAAAUAUCAGAAAACAGACCCUACUUUUGUCUGGAAAGUAUGGAAGCUCAUUCAUGCCAGAAAAAUACAGAAGAAUCGACUUAACUUCAGAAUUUACCUGCUGUUUCCGUGGUCAAGAAAGUCUUUUGAUCUCAAUUUAAAAGCUAACGUGGACAAAAAAAUCCUUCAGUAUCAUCCUAAAUUUUCUUUAAUUCCAACAAUUUUUUUCUUGGCAACUGAAACAUCUCCAUCUGCUGGGGAGGAUUGUGUACUACAGUUGAAAGCUCCACAUCAACUAUUGAGUCUCAACCCUGAGAUGCUCAUUCAAAAAUGUGGUCUUCUCUGAUUUAUUGUAAAUUUGUAUCUGUCUUCAAUAUAUAUUUUUUAUCAUUCCAACUUUUCGGUCCUUUUUCUGGCAUGAGUGAACUUCCAUAAGUUUCUGGUAACCCUAAAGUCGACGAUGAACAGUUUGUCUGCUUUUGAUCCGUCUGACCUCGUAAAGAAUCUGCAGCUCAGUUUUCUGUCUUCAGUCUCGUUAAAGACAUUUUUCCAAAGAAGGAAUCAUCCUAAACAAAACUCUUGCAUCUGUUAAAAAAAAGAAAAAAGAAAGACAAGAGUUACGCCUGACUUGAACUUUUCUGUUUCUUUCAUUUCUUUGGACGAACGUUUUGCUUUAGACGCCUUUUUCCAGUUUCUCUAAGUAUUUCAGUUACACAGUCGAACCCACUCGUACUCGUUUGACAGAGGAGAAACAACAUUGUACCUCGAACACUCGAUAGUAAACUGGAGAAAGGUGGAAAAAUAAAGCAGAAGUUUAGCUCCUUUGUGUUUUUGCUCAUUCUGCAUCGUGGUGUUCUUGUUUUCUGCUCGCUCUGCUCUCUGAAUCAGCGCCGCGCGGCGCCGCUCCUCUGACAAUGUUGAAGAAAAUAUACGAAUACACUCUCUUUCGGUUGCAGUAUGUAUGUGUGCGUAUUUAAACAAGCCUCGAUAUCUUGCAGGACACAACGCUCGUCCGCCACAGUGACUAUUGUAGAAGUCUUCCACCCGUCGUCGAGUUUAAUCCUGCACGCAUGUUAAAUGUGGGACUUGUACAAUAGAUCCGUUUGUUGUGGUCAGGAUUCCUUCAUGCGUCUGGUCCUGAGCUCUGAGAAUCUGUAAGUUCGGCCCGGAGCAGAAAACAUGAAGGAGCCCUGAUCUGCUCUUGUAGAAAAAUGAUGGAUUCUCCUGAAUUUAAAUGAAGCACCGGGCUCCUUCAUCUCCCACUGCAGCACAGCGGGAGGAAGAACAAGAGAUGAACCCGGUGCUGGAGAGUUCAGGCUUUGAAUCUGUUUUCUGUCACAGCAUGGCUCGCAGUUAUAUAGAGGCCUACUUAUUCUCAAUGAUGAUAAUUGCUUAUUUGUGUAUUAAAACAGUUUAUUUUUAAUUUAUAUUGGAUGGUCUACGUGUUGCUGGGUUUGUUAUUUUCUUCUAUGUUUGUUACAAACAGAAGACAAUGGUUUAUCGUUGUUGUCACAGAACAUGGUAUGAAUCGGACACAUUUCAGUUAGCCUUCGAUUUAAAAAACCAAUAAAAAAGUUUUAUAAAUA